AUGCCAGCCCGACAACAAAUAAAUCUUCAACUUAUGAAUCAGCCACAUGGCGGACAAGCAGCUACUACUUCUGGCUGGGUUGCCGUGACGCAUAGCACAUGGGGUCUGCAUGCGACAGUCUUAGCCGGUAUCGGUGCAGUAUCUGGUAUGGCUGUGUUCACUGCAGCAUUUCUUGUACCCAUAAUGCUCACUGACAGCAAAUAUACGCCAGCAAACAUCACAACUGCCACGAUAAAUACUACUACCCUGAGUGCCACUACUAUAACAGAUACUUCUGUCAGUAUCGCAAACGCUACAACAGCAGACAGUACCACCACAACAUCAUCGACGUCUACGAUAUCUGUUACAAAACAGUUGAAUGCGACGACAAGCACAAACACUGUAAGCACUGAAACAACGACUUCGUCAAUAACAACUGCAUCUACUACAACAACGGGUGCAUUAGUUAGUUCAAGUAUAAUCGCAAAUAAAACAACAAUCAGUGUAACAUCAAAUACGGAGACUGCAACUACCACUAGUGACACUACAAUCAUAACAUCGGUAAAGAAAAAGACGACCUACAAUAUUAAUAUCACGGAAGCAACAACGGCAUAUACUCCAAUCACCGAAAAAUCUACGUCUACUUAUGCAACAAUACCUGCAAUAUCAACCAUGGAUAUUACAAUUACCGUUACGGAAAUUCCAACUACCAGCACUGCUAAUACUGCAACUACCGCGACAUCAAUUACAACCACCAUGGAAACUGUCAAUACCAUCGUGGAACAAACAAUUACUCGUACAGAAGCUCCCACUUCUCCUAUUGAAACUACUACUAAAACAAUGGUAGCUGCCACGACUAUUGCGGCUACCAUUAUAACAAGCACUGACACUACAGCUGUUCUCACGGGAACCGCAAUUAGUGCCACGACCGCUAGUUUACCAUCAUUUUUGGACCUCCAACCUGAUACUAUUUAUGGUGUUUGGAAUACAUUUGCUGGUGGAAUCAGUACACUAGCAACAGAAAGUAGUUCUGGAGCCGGAACCUAUCUUAUUGGGCAAUCUCCAGAUAAACUAUUUGAUGGUAAUCUUAAUACAAAAUAUGGUAGUCGAGGUAAUACAAUUUCUGGAACCAGCACAGUUGCUGGUCUCAAUACUGGUUUUUAUAUGACUGUUGCUCAAUGUCAACCAGUACUCAUAGGAUUUCGAUUUGGUAAUGCGUACAAUUUGUCAGAGCGCGAACCGCUUAAGCUUACGAUCGAAGGAACUAACUGUGCUAAUCUAACGACUUGUGCAAAUUGGACUUUAAUUUACAAUGGAUCAACAGGUCUUGAUAUACAAGCAAGUAGUUUAGAAUAUGGCCAGUAUCAGUCAAUAUCGAACAGUGAUAUUUACAAGAGCUAUCGCUUUCUUAUUACAGCUAAGCGAAAUUCAAGUAACAUUGUUUCUUAUAGUGAAGUACAACUCUUUGGUUAUUCAACUCAGUCGUCAUCAAGUCAAAACGGAACAUCCAAUUCAACGUCUUUGCUUGUCAUACAAUCUGGAUCUGUACAAUCUCUAUGGAAUACGGUUGCAGGCGGAGCUAGUACAAUUGCUACAGAAAGUUCAUCAGGUGUUGGAACAUAUGUUCUCAAUCAGUCUCCUGAUAAUUUAUUCGAUAAUAAAACUAGUACUAAAUACAUGAGUCGAGGUAAUUCAAGUAAUGGAACCAAUGCAUAUGCUGGCCUCGACACCGGAUUCUACGUUACGAUUGCACAAUGUCAACCAACCCUUGUUAAAUUUCGUUUCGCUACUGCCGCCAAUACAUCUUCAUCUAGUCGUGAUCCAACUGAGGUUACAGUAGAAGGAACUAACUGUGAUACUUUGGUGAAUUGUGCUACUUGGGCAAGUAUCUACGUUGGUCCAACAGGUUUAGAAAGUAUUGUAGAUCGUUCUACCUAUGGACCGUUCCAAAAUAUAUCAUCACCUCAAAUUUUUACAAGUUAUCGCUUUCUUGUCACUGCUAAAAGAAGUAGAAGUGACACUGUUGCCUACAGCGAAGUAGAACUCUAUGGCUAUUAG